CCUGUGGCUGUUCCCGUUCCCCUCGGGCAGGGCCGGGCGGCGGCCGCGUCUCGUCCUCGCUGCCCCCUCCUCCCCGUGCCUCGCAGUGGUCGGCGCCGGUGGCGGGGAGGGCGGGGAGGGAGCGCGGCGCCGCCGCAUGCAUCGCUGAUGGAGCCGGGCUCGGGGCUGCCGCAGCGCAGGGCGGGGGGCGGCGGGCUGGACCUCGGGGCGGGCUCGGCGGCGGGGUCGCCGGCGCUCUCGGGGGGGCAGUCCCGCCGCAGGAAGCAGCCGCCGCGCCCGGCCGACUUCAAGCUGCAGGUGAUCAUCAUCGGGUCGCGGGGGGUGGGCAAGACCAGCCUUAUGGAGCGAUUCACCGACGACACCUUCUGCGAGGCCUGCAAGUCCACCGUGGGUGUUGAUUUUAAAAUCAAAACAGUAGAGCUAAGAGGAAAGAAAAUUAGAUUACAAAUCUGGGACACAGCAGGUCAGGAGAGAUUCAACAGCAUUACCUCAGCUUAUUACAGAAGUGCCAAGGGAAUUAUUUUGGUGUAUGAUAUCACCAAGAAGGAAACAUUUGACGAUUUACCAAAAUGGAUGAAAAUGAUUGAUAAGUAUGCUUCAGAAGAUGCAGAGCUUCUACUAGUUGGAAAUAAGCUGGACUGUGAAGUUGAUCGAGAGAUCUCUCGGCAGCAGGGAGAGAAGUUUGCACAGCAAAUAACUGGGAUGCGGUUCUGUGAAGCAAGUGCCAAGGAUAAUUUUAAUGUGGAUGAAAUAUUUCUAAAACUUGUUGAUGACAUUCUGAAAAAGAUGCCACUGGACGUUAUAAGAAAUGAGUUGUCCAACAGUAUCCUGUCCCUGCAACCAGAGCCAGAAAUCCCACCAGAACUGCCUCCUCCAAGGCCACAUGUCCGUUGCUGUUGACUUUUUACUUCCUCCAGAGUGAAAAAUAUGAGCAGGAGGGUAAAGAAAGUAUCUGUACUACUCUGCACUACAAUCAUUUGGCAGUUUCUCGUUGCACUUUGUUAUUCGAGUCAGAGCUACACACUAACUUGUAAAUAUGCAAAUAUGCAAUCCUAUGUAGGAUUCAACUAUAACAUUUAAUUAUUACCCCUCUCCCUCACAAUGAUGUUUCAUUCAUUGCCCCAGUGUUAUAAAUACUGUACAGUCGGUGGGGGUUUACCACACAUCCAGUUGAGGAGGAGGAGAAAUUAAAUCUAUACCUAUUCUUGACAUAAAUGUUGUAAUAGUUCUUUGUUAUUAUAAACAGGCAGGCAGAAGCUCUUCUGGUAUGAAGAUAAGUAUAUGGUGCUUUGCUAACUAUUUUAAAGACAAAUUUUUUAAAAACAGAGGACUUUAUGUACAAAGCUUCCAUAAUCAGCAUUAUGUUUCCUUUUAAUGUAGUGACAACAUUUUUGGCUGUAGCAUCCUCUGCUGACUGGAUUUAUUGAAAAGCUAAGUUUAAUUUCUGGCAGUCUUUUAUUUAUUUUGUUUAAUGCUGCACCCUUUCUUUCUGUACCGAGACAUCACACCUGGUGCAGAUCUAAGAUUGCACUUUGAAAAAGCAUACAUCAUUUUCUGCAUAAACAUAAAUUUGGUUACAAGAAUCAUUAAGUUUCAAUAAAAGAAUGGAGAUAUAUCAAGCUCUAAAAGAAGGUAUAAAAAAGCAAUGCUGCUGUCCUAGACAAAUUCUUGAGAAAAAAAAAAAAGAUGAUGCAUUUUCCUGUGUUAAGGAAUAUAUAUGUGUAUUUUUGUCUGGACAUCUGUAGGGAUGGGGGAAGGGAACCUAAGGUAAAAUUAUUUUCUUUCCUAAUGGUGGAAAUUAUUCCCAUCAAGCAAAUACUGUGUUAGGAUUUUGUCUGAUAAUGAACUUGUGAAUUAUAUCUUUGGUAUAUCUUUUAUUAAAUGCACUGUUUAGUUUAGCUGUGGUAAAUCAGUAGAUACAUAUUUGAAUAACUUGGUGUGUCCUGAAUGUUGUGGUAUUGAAAAACAUUGUGGUCUUUCUAAACUAAUGAAGUGCAAAUAAAAUUUUGUAUUUAUGAAUGACAGUGGAACUGCACCUGUUAUUAGAAUGGCAAGUAUCAAGUGAUGGGUAAAAGGUAGAAUCUGGAAUAUGGAACAACACUUGUGUUAAUUUUGUUAUGAUUUAGUUUUCUGUUGGACAGUUCUUUAGGUGUAGUGGGAAGAGCAGCAGACAUUAGUUGUUCACCUUGGUCGCUGCUCUGUUGGGAGAGCAGCUGAUGACCUGGCCCAGCUGAUAUCUUCAAAUAGCAUGUGACUGCUUGUCAUGCUGUCUUAGCAGGUGGUCGCCAGACUAUUAGUUACACUGACAACACAAGUAUGAACCAGUCUUUGUCACACUACAGCUUCUCUACUUCGCAUUCUCUGGUGCUGGAACCCAUUUUGUCACCUUUGCCACUCUUAUAGCCAGAACUGGCACUGAACACUAAAGUAUACCACUGACAUAAACAGAUUCUCUCUGUUUUAUGGGAGAAGAAAAGACACAACAAACUGUUAAUACACACACACAAAAAAGCCCUUAUUUCACUGAACAAGCUCUGACAUUCUGAAUUCAAUGCCAUGCAGGCCUGUAGCACACCUGGAUUUCUACUGAAAAAUUAAGGAAAGCAUGGUUGAUAUUUGUGCUUAUGUCUUCUGCCACCUUGUGCCUAAACAGUUAGCUAUUUUAAAUAGUAAACUUACAGUUUACUAUCCUGUUGGUAAGAUAAGAUGAAUUUCUAAAGCACUUGUAGGAGUUCAGAUGAUACUGUGGGCAAUAGCAAGGAAGGGAAAAUUAUGGAAAGUGGGUUUUAACUUGACAACCAUUUUAUUUUAGCUGAUUUGUUUUUAUUUGUACUUAGAAACUUGUGAUUUUUUCCUGCAGUUUUUGAAUUUAAUAAAAAUUAAGAAAUUUGACUUAGA